AUGGAAUCAGUCAACAACGACCCCGAACUGGCAUCGGAGAUGCUGGGUCUGAUGGGCAAAGAGCUGAAGGCGGCGAGGCUCAGGAUCAAGGAGCUCGAAAGCGAGUUGGAAAAAUCUCCCACCAUCGCUGUCCACAGAUAUUCGGAAGAGGUGACUGACUUCAAGGAACGCACCGAGGCGGCAGAAUAUUCUAUGAUCAUCCUCCGAAAACACGUAGACGAGGUGAACGCGGAAAACACGAGGCUGCGGCUUGAGUUGGAUGGGUUGAAGGAUAGCAAGACGUGGAUCAAAAAGGAGGAGCAACCUGCUCAUGAACCACCGAGAGAAGCCACCGUCUCAACCGAUAUUCAACCGAGCCUUGGUGGUAUCAGCAACGAAGAAAAGAUCAAACACCUUGAGGAAGCCCUUGAAAAAUACUAUGCAAAGUACAAGGCCCAAAAGGAGCUAAAGCUGGAACUGAAAGUGGCUAUAGAGACGUUGGAAGACGAGAAGGGGUGCAUUCAAGAAGAUAACCUCAUUCUGCAGAAGAAAGUGGCUAAAGCAGAGGAUCGAAUAGCAAGAUUGCAGAACAAGACACAAGAAAAGGCAGAAAAGUCUAAAAGCCAAACCCUCAAGGAAGAACUGCGUCCUGAAGAGAGGCUCUCAUCGUUUUCCGAGCUCUCUGAAUUUAAAAAGUAUAUGUCGGCUCUCCCAAGAUAUUCGGAGAGGCCGGCACCGGCUCAGCUACGCCCUAUUUGCCACGAAGGUGUCGAUCUGAACGCCUAUUUAUCAGCGGAUUCUCGAACAGCCUCUUGCGCGCAAAGCUUGUUGUACUCCCCCGGACGGAUGACAUGGACCUCUUCAGACGCACACCAUGCCCUUAUUCUGGGCCCGAUCCACGUCUUCGACGACCUAAGGAAGACCUGGCAAAAAGUCUCCACUCUGCGGCACCUGUAUGACCAGACGUUCCAUGUCUUUUUCCCAAGGAACAACUGCAUCUUGUACGGCGGUCUAUAUAAAGUCCAUAGCUUCAGGGAUAAACAUCCGGACGGCUGUCUACUCAGCGGUGCUUCAGGUUUAUCGCUCGCUGAGGCAACGAUAGUGAACGCGUCUUCUGUCGGACAUAAUCCAAGAUCUAUCAAACCUUCGGACAUUGCUCGACUUUAUAUGGAUGGAAUUUUGAAAGUAGAGCCUGUGGGACUGCAAUGUGUAGGGUUUGACAAGGAGCUGUACGGCGUCCUCAAACGGAAAUUUGAGGUCAGUCUUCCGGUAGAAAAACGGAAAGAGGUGAACCCCAAGACGGGACCGACGCCAAAGAAAAGAAAAUUGGAGAAGUAG